GUCUCAAUCUGUGCACGAGCGGAAGCGCCACGUCCUGCGAAGAGUGUCUCCUCAUCCAUCCCAAGUGUGCCUGGUGCUCCAAGGAGGAGUUUGGCAGCACAAAGUCCAUCACAUCGCGGUGUGACUUCCUGCAGAACCUGAUUGCAAACGGUUGUGCGGGAGCCAUCGAAAACCCCAGCAGCAGCAUCAGCGUGGUGAAGAACGUCCCUCUGAGCAGCAAGGGCUCCGGCCAGACCCACCUGGACGUCACGCAGAUCACGCCUCAGAAGGUCGCCUUGAAUCUUCGUCCUGGUGACCAGACCUCCUUCCGAGUUCAGGUUCGGCAAGUGGAGGACUAUCCUGUGGACCUCUACUACCUGAUGGAUCUCUCCCUGUCCAUGAACGACGACCUAGAUAAUAUUCGCAAUCUGGGGACCAAGCUGGCUGAAGAGAUGCGAAAGCUCACUAGCAAUUUCCGGCUGGGGUUUGGCUCUUUCGUGGACAAAAACAUUUCUCCUUUUUCCUACACAGCUCCGAGAUACCAAAACAAUCCCUGCAUUGGUUACAAGCUGUUCCCCAGCUGUGUCCCGUCCUUUGGCUUCCGCCACCUCUUGUCCCUAACGGAUAAAGUCGACCGUUUCAACGAAGAAGUUCAAAAACAGAAGGUUUCCCGCAACAGAGAUGCUCCAGAGGGUGGUUUUGAUGCAAUUUUGCAGGCUGCCGUCUGCAAGGAGAAGAUCGGCUGGCGUAAGGAGGCGUCUCACCUGCUGGUCUUCACGACGGAUGAUGUGCCCCACAUAGCCCUGGAUGGGAAGCUGGGGGGGCUGGUGCAGCCCCAUGACGGCCAGUGCCACCUGAAUGAAGUCAAUGAGUACAGCGCAUCCAGCCAGCUGGAUUAUCCUUCACUGGCACUUCUUGGGGAGAAACUCGCUGAAAACAACAUCCACCUGAUUUUCGCUGUUACAAAAAGUCAUUAUGUCCUGUACAAG